AUGAGAAAGAAAAGUAUUCCAUAUUGUUCUUUUCAAUAUCCAUCUUGGUGUCGUGAUGAUAAACACACACAACCUUUAAGAGGGAAUCAAUGUGACAGUGACAAUUCUGAGAAAGAGAAACAUGCAUGUCAUGUUUGCAGUAAGGGUUUUCCAUCCAAAAAGGCUUUGAAUGGACACAUGAGAAUGCACAAAAAGGGUAACAAGGCUAUUCCUCCGCCACCAAUUUCAUCUCCUCAGAAUAUUGACUUAUCACAAUAUUUGCCACCAAGAUCGCAUAACUGCAGCAAGAGGAAUAGUGAUAUCAAUACUAUUGAUAACGAUUAUGGUGACAGGAAAAGGAUGAAGCUUCACGGAAAUAUGGUUAACGAGAAGGUCAAGGAACAAGCUUCGACGCCAAUUACUGAUCAUGUUAGCGGCAUUGAUGAAAGAGUGAAGAUGAAAGUGGAGGAUACUGGUGUUGAGAUUCAAGAUUGUUAA